AUGUAAUAGGAAGAUCUCACGCCGUGGCUAAUUUAAAUGUUACAACCAUAUUCCUCCAUCUUUGAGACUAUGUACUCGGUUGGAUUUAAAAUAUUUGACACAAUUAUCUUGAAAUAAGGAGAACCUAAAUAAUGGUUCUACAUGGAUGAUAAACAUUGUAUUAAAACACAUGAUGACGAAUGGUUGAAAUGGAGAGUUUUUGGGACUUAUUGUAGGGCCAAGAAUGUAAAUAGACUAAGUGAAUUUAUAUAAUCUGACAACUUGGAUUAAGUGCAAUUGCAGGCUCCAUGUAGUUGUGAGGAAUUACAAACUACAUGCAAAUGCUACAUAUUCCAUUUUGAAUAGAAAUUAGCAUAAGGACGUAUUUAUAGGGCAGUUUCAUAAGAAGUAGCUAAUGAACUUUUUAAAAAUCCCAAUGAGAAAUCAGAAAUCAUUACGAAUUGGACUAAAAUUAUUGGUUGUGGAGUAACAAAAUCACCUAAACAUAUAUUUUAAGUAACAGUUUUGAAAGAACAAAUUGAUGAUCAACCUAAAUUUAGAGUCAAUAGGAAGAGGUUUGCCUAAACUCCCUUAUAAAAGGAGGAAUUCUCUAAACAAGAAAAUAUAGUCAAAAAGCCAGUCUAACUAAAGGAAGAAUAUGAUAAAUCUUUGGCAGCAUAAUAGAAUACCAAAUGUGAGCAUUUUGCUUUUAGUUUGCUUAGAUUCUUGGAAGGGAGACUCUAAAGAUCAAUCUAACUACUCCAAGUAGAGUUUUUUAUGACUGAAGGGGAUCUAUAAAUAUAUUUGACUGGCUUAGAUAAUAUUCAAUUUCAUUCUGAUGGAGAACCAGUUGAAAUAGCUACCUUAUAUCCUGUGAAACAAUAGGUGCAUAACUUUGAUAAGUGUGCUGGAUUGUAUUGUCAUUAUGCGACCAAUAAUAUUUUUUAUGAUGAAUUCGAUGAAUAAUUCUCGUUAUUCAUAAUGGCAGGAGAGAAAGAAACACAUAAGAAAAUUACAUAUAAAUCAAUAUUCUUGGAUAUGAUUGAGAGAUUUAAAACCAUUAAAAUGUUGGAACCAUAUCUCAAUAAGCCACCGACUGAAUAAUUGAUAUUCAAAUUAAGGAUAUAUUAUUCAUUGGGAGAUAUUACAAAUAGUGCUUAUUUUAAGCAUUUGAAGAUUUCCAAUUUCUAUAAAUAGGAAACUGUUUGUUAGUUUUGUUUUCAUGUUUAUAAUAAAAUAGAUUCAUUGAGAAAUCAAUAUUUAAAAAAUAAGAGAACGAUACUCAAUUCAUAAUAAAUUGAAGCAGAAGUCUCCAAAUUUAUGAGUUAAAAUUAUGCUUAGAAGGAAGCUAAAGUUUAAAUGAGAUUUCAUAAUAAAUUCUUUGAUAAACUCAAAUAAUUCGAUACAGAUUAACUAAAAUUCUUUUAGGAAUUUACAUUGACUAGUGUUCAAGAUGACAAAUACUUUUUAAAAAGAGGGAAGUUAACGAGAUCACUUUAAUAACAUCAAUAGGCUGGAUUUUAAUUGCCUACUAUCAUAAAGGUUUAGGUGAAUGAUAAAGAUAAUAUGAUAAAGAAGACUAAGUAUUUGAUUCCGAAAGAGUAAGCUGAAUCAUUGGGUUUGAAGCAUUAUUUGGGUCACGCUAAGAAUUUACCAUUUAGUGAUUAAGGUUUGGCCAUUAGUAAAAGUUCACUUGAGCUCAAUAAGCUUCAAGAUAAGAUAAGGGAAAUAUAGAUGAUAAAAGAGAGAAUGGAUUUAGAGAAAAUUAAAAGAGUGAGAGAGGAUAUCUAAGUGAUUAUGUGCACAUAUUAUGGGAAAGGAAAGGAAGAGAAGGACCGUUUGAUGGAUUUUGUCGAGACUCUCAAGAAAAGAGAAAUGUAAUUGGAAGCUUUGGAGGAUACAUCUGAAUAGAUAAGAUCUCCUGCAAUCCAAAUUGUAACUGACAAGAAUGACUUUUUAUCCGAAAAUUAAAGGAAGAUCAAAUAAGACAAGGAGAAAAAAGAAUAAGAGAUAUUGUAGACCAAGAAAGACUUUUUAGAAGUAAAUAGCGAUCUAGCCUUUUCUGUAUUUAGAAGAGAUUAUGUAUCUGAACGCAAUAGUGAAUAUUGA